ACUCGCGCACGGUGCGAGGAGAAGACACGAGCAACUCGUCACAGCGCACGGAGACGGAAAAGACACCUGCUACCGAUGCCAGAGGCCGGAACGCGCUCUAUACCGCCAUGCAAUGAAACGACAGCUAGCGCGUAAGGAUCUGACAAGCAAAACGUGGGUACCAUUGGGCAACUCGAUUAGAAGGCGCACCUGACUAUACUCCAAAGAUCUCAUUAGUCUGUGAUGAGCAUCAUCAUCCAGCGCAGACCCGAGAAAGCACCACGCAUCCUCUAAGAGGAAGUGAUGUCACGACACCACCACCGUUUCGAGAGGGACUAUCGAGCCCCCUGGGAUCGCCGCGAACGACCCACUGGCCUUCACAACGGCACCUGCUCCUCCACGGCCCCGCCCGUCGCCAAUGGCAACAACCGCCCGGGGCUCCUCCCGCUCCCGGUCAUCCCCUCCCUUCUGCCCACCCCAGUCACCAUCGCCGUGACGACGGCCAGCAACGGCCUCGCCACUAAGCGUUCCGGGGCUCCGUCGUCCGCCGCUGCGCCCGCUGUGAAGGCGUCAGGCCUUUCUCCCGGUGAGACCCAGACUCAGAGUCUCCUGCUGGCCCCUGGGGUGAGAUGGGGUCAGACCCCCAUCAACCAGACCACACCGUGGGACACAGAUGAGCCGCCCACCAAACAGCACAGAGAGAAUGACACCACAGCGCCCGCUUGGGUUCCUCCGGUGGUGGCGGCUAGUCAGCCCAGUCUCUUGGCUCAUUCCUACGGGAUGCAUCAACCUGCCAUCUACAGCCAAGGUGGGUCCGUCCAGUCGCCGCUCGUCGGCGUGACCCCGGCCAUCCGGACCCCCAUCGCCCCACACCAUCCGCUCAUGACCGCCCACUUUCAGCUUCCUCCCGUCUCUUCCCAGCCAGCAGGAAGCCUUGUCCUGAGCUUACAGAACCAGUCGCCUUACGCCACCAGCCAGCCGCCAAUCACCCCGUCGCCCCUAACGACGGCCGGCCAGGUAGUCCAUCCCGCUCCCCAGAGCGUGAUGGGAAACGGUCACAUGGCCCACCCUCUGUUACACCCGCCCACUCUGCCUUCUGCCGCGCUGCCGUUGACCAACGGGCAGGCGACGGUUCAGCCCACGCCGACCUCUGCAAAUCAGGAAGGUCUGAACGGCCUUCAGAUGCUCCGUACCGUCGGAAUGGGGAAGUACGAGUUCACGGACCCGAGUCAUCCGAAAGAGAUGUUGAAGGAGUUGAACCAGCAGCGCAGAGAGAAAGAAUUUACAGACCUGAAAAUUAUAGUUGAAGGCAAAGAAUUUGAAGUCCACCAAAAUGUUCUAGCUUCCUGCAGCUUGUAUUUCAAGGACCUGGUUAAAAGGUCUUCCAAAGAGACGGGAAGCGGAGAGCGGCUGGAACUCAAGAUGACCAAUAUCGGAGCAGAUGUCCUGGAGCUUCUUUUGGAGUUCGUGUACACGGGCUCGCUGGUCAUCCACUCGGCAAAUGCCAAAACCCUGCUGGAGGCCGCCAACAAGUUCCAGUUCAACACCUUCUGCAAAGUCUGCGUGUCAUUUUUAGAGAAGCAGCUGACUGCAGCAAACUGCUUGGGGGUUCUGGCCAUGGCCGAGGCCAUGUGCUGCACCGAGCUGCACAACAUGGCCAAGGCCUUCGCCCUGCAGAACUUUCCCGACGUGGCGGGACAAGACGAGGUCCUCAGCAUCUCCAAAGAUGACCUCAUCAACUACUUGUCCAAUGACAGCCUGAACACGAAGGCCGAGGAGCUGGUUUAUGAGACUCUUAUCAAGUGGAUCAAGAAAAACCCGGCCAGUAGAGUACAGCACAUAUCAGAGUUGCUGGCUAUUGUUAGACUUCCAUUCAUCCACCCCAGUUACCUGCUGAAUGUGGUGGACAAUGAGGAGCUGAUUAAAUCGUCCGAGGCGUGCAGAGACCUGGUGAACGAGGCCAAGCGCUACCACAUGCUGCCUCACGCGCGGCAGGAGAUGCAGACGCCCAGGACGCGGCCGAGACUCUCUGCAGGUGUCGCAGAGGUGAUCGUGCUGGUCGGAGGGAGGCAGGCCAUCGGCAUGAACCAGCGUUCUCUCACGGCCGUCACCUGCUUCAACCCGCAGAACAGCAAGUGGUAUCCGCUCGCCAGCCUUCCGUUCUACGACCGCGAAUUCUUCAGCGUCAUUUCGGCAGGGGACAAUAUUUACCUGUCAGGUGGGACGGAGGCGGGGGUGACGAUGGCAGAUGUGUGGUGCUACAUGUCACUUCUGGACAACUGGAAUCUGGUCUCCCGAAUGACCGUCCCCCGCUGCAGACACGGCAGCCUGGUGUACGAUGGGAAACUUUACACUAUCGGAGGACUCGGAGUGGCUGGAAACUUGGACCAUGUGGAAAGGUACGACACCAUCACCAAUCAAUGGGAAACCGUGUCCCCGCUGCCCAAGCCCGUGCAUUCGGCAGCCGCCACCGUGUGCGGAGGGAAGAUCUACGUGUUCGGUGGCGUAAAUGAGGCGGGACGCUCCGCCGGCGUGCUGCAGUCUUACAUCCCUCAGACCAACACCUGGAGCUUCAUCGAGUCCCCCAUGAUCGAUAACAAGUACGCUCCCGCUGUGAGCCUCAACGGUUUUAUCUUCAUCCUGGGAGGAGCCUACGCCCGGGCCACCACUAUCUACGACCCAGACAAGGGCAACAUCAAAGCUGGCCCCAACAUGAAUCACUCCAGGCAGUUCUGCAGCGCGGCUAUUCUGGACGGGAAGAUCUGUGCUACCGGGGGGAUCGUGAGCAGCGAGGGACCGGCGCUGAGCAACAUGGAGAUCUUUGACCCCUGCAGUAACACGUGGACGCUGUUACAGAACCUGCCGUGCCCGCUGUUUAGACACGGGUGUGUGGUUAUAAAGAAGUACAUUCAGAGCGGCUGAUGAUUUUGGGCUUCUUAAAGGGAACAAACUGGCCCAACAAGCCAACCAACCGAGCUCCAGCCAGCCAACCUGGGUGGGUCACGGUCGAACCCCUGGCAGUCGAGAUUUAGGGAUCUGUAGAAUAGCUCCUAUUCUGAGUCGGCCAAAUCCAGUUUUUCAAAAUGUCCUAUGAAAUAAAAGAAUCUGCAUUUCAUUUUUAGUUGAUAGUCAUGAAUACAAUGAGAAAGCUCAGUCGUGUCUUGAAGUGCUGUUUUUACAACCGGCUGAAGGAAGGAUGUUGUCGACGUCGAUCAUGUAGCCGCCAGCAAGUGUCACGGGAUCGACCGAAGACCCGCCCUGAACUCCAAAGCACAAAACACCAGAACCUGUGAUCGGUUCAUCUUUCCCCCUCUGUAAAUCAUUCCAACUUUCUUUGUGGUUUUUAUCUUCGCAUUUUAUUGAAAUCCACAGACCUGCAGCCAUGGCAGAAUGCAGAUGGAGCCACACUGUAAUAUAGGGAAGAUAUGUAUAUUUUACAAACGGAUGAAAAUUGUGUAUAAACCUUUCUAGAAAAUGUC